GUAUGAACCCAGACUCGGGCACCAGCAGUCAUAUCUGGAUGGUCACCUGCACGAGACAAGCCACGCCCAAAAGGACCCUCAUCACUCUUCAUAAAAAGCGCUUGCCGCCUCCAUCUUUUUUGAUUCUUUUUGGAAAAUGCGAGCCUGCGGCGAUUGCAGCCACACCUUCGUCUCUGUACCCACCCCUGUUGGUACAUGAAAGAUCCUGGGCGCUUCCUGCCAUUGGAGAGCCUUCAUAUCGACAACAGCCGGGCUGCACACCACCACCACCACCACCACUCCCCUUCUUCCUCUAUCCCUCUCCCACAUACUUAUAUAUUCCCCCCCUCCCCCUCCCUCAUCAUCCCCAACACACCGGCCCCUCCCCCUCCAUACCACGACUUGAACUUGCUCCUUUACACACCAUAUAUCACCCCGUUUCUAUCCUGAGUCUCUCCCAUCACCAGCAUGCUUCAAGGCCAGUUGCAACAGCCUAUUCUAGACGGUGGACAGUGGCCUAUGCAACCCCGGACGGACAGGAUGAAAAACAGCCGCCCAACAAUCGACAUGUCCAUGCUUCAUCAAGAGCAGGAUGAUAUGGCACACCCUGAGAGGAUAUCCUUCGAUCCUGGCGAAUGGUCGAGUGCGUACGCUGCUAGCCCUGCUCCGAGCACUCCGAUAUUUCCCACCAAACGGGAACCUCGGGAUCCAGCAGAGUUGCUCGGCAGGCACGAAAUGACAAGGACUAUGUCGGCCAUCUCGGCCAUCUCGGCCAUGUCAUAUGACAGUGCGUGCAGAAGCAGCAUUAACGACGGCCCAGUCAGUGACAUGGAAAGCAUGGUCGACGCCUUUCAGAACAGUCCUGGUGGCUACAGCGCAUACAGCCAGACUCACCAGACCGCGUACAGCCAGGCGACAAGUCAAUACGACCCCAACGAUGGCCAUUUCGAGUACAGUGUCAGCCUGUGCGGCGAGUCCCUGGACGCAUGCCAGGCGGUAUCACCCAUGGACCAGUCAAUAUACGGCAUGCAGUCACCCCUCAUGCCCUAUGCUCGUUCCACUAGUUCAUCUCAGUUGGAAGGCUCCCUGAUGUUCAUCGACUCGCAGCAGCACGUGGAGCUACCGCCCUCGCCAGCCCAGACAGCCGAGGUGUUACAAUCGAGCCCCAAAGAGAAGUUCAAGUGCACCGACAGCGGUUGUGGAAAGAGUUUCAGCAGGCAGGCCGAUCUCCAACGACACUACGACCACGUGCAUCCCGCGCCUGAUUCCAUAGAGAGAGGGCACGCCUGCGACUACCCGAAGUGCGCACGGCAGGCUGCCCCUUUCCGCCGCAAGGAUCACUUCCGCGACCACCUACGCGAGUUCCACAAGGAGGACCUCCUCAAGCGUAGUGGCCAAGAGCCACCGGACUGGUUCAACGGCCGCAACAUCAAACCCAGCUUUUGGAGAUGCGUCCGCUGCCUCCGCCGGAUCAACACCAACAAGCACAACUACACGUGCCCCAAGUGCAAUAUCGACUGUGAACCAGUUAGAGUCGAGCACAGGGAGAAACAUCGGUGCGCGACUGUGCAGGGGCCACUGCGGACGUCCAAGAAGAGCCGGCCAACACAGAGGGCGACAACUCGACUUGCGCAGAACUUGGCAAGCCCCGACACACUCUCCCCGAGUGCGAUGCCGACCACGAGCUGGCGAGGAGCCGCGACAGCCCCAGCUGCGGCGAGGAACAUGAUGCUCUUUGCACAUACUUCUCCGUACGCCGAAGUGGACUCCCCCUCAAACGGCAUCUACUACCCGGAGGAUCAGCUGUCGCCCUCGGGGUGAGACCAGCCAUCCAAGUUCCUCUACCGCUCAUUUAGGCGCAUCACCCUGGCCUCUAAAAGUUCGGUCUAUGGAUGGUGCCCUUGAUGAAAAGCUCUCGACAGCCGACCUCCUUGCUCUUCACAGUCCCACUACUUACCCGCUCCUGCCACUCGCGACCUUUUGCGGCACUCUCAAUGGGUUCCUUAUCCACCUAGUUGAUCCGACUCGCUCUUUUGGCACUUUUUCAUUCCACAUUCCUCAACUCAGCACGGCGUGACUUAAUCGCCGCUUUACUUUUGAGUUUCAACGAGCGUGGCUGCCGUAUUUCUUUAUGCACUCUGCCGAUAGUGUUGCCACCUUUCAAUCACCAUUUUACGCAAGCGUCUCUCAUUUCUUGACUUUACGACUUGCCGCACACAAAUCCUUGUUUACAUUCUUUAUCUUUAUCUGCUGUUACGUUGCUUUGCGGGUUUGGAAUCGUUUGGCUUGGUGGCAUUCUAUUGCUCUAUUGCUGUCUGUUAUCUUCUUUGCUGUUCCGCCGAAAAAGAAGAAAACUCACGAAAAAAAAAUGCCAGUGGAAGGGGUCACGACAUAGUGUUUUUGGACCUGUUUGCUUUUUUUUCCUCCCCGGUUCGGGAAGCAUUCAAUGGAGUACGGCUCGCGUUUUCUUUCAAGGCAGGAGGCAAUCAUGGGGUGAUAGAGAGUCGGUCACUCGGAAGAGGCAGGCGAGGGCUGCUCCAAGCAUGGGGGGGAGAGGGGUGGUACGUUUUCAUUGUGAUACCCGGGGUCGUUGUGAUAGACGAUUUCCCAUCCCAUCUUCACGCCUCGAAAGCGCCAGAGCGACCCACCUGCCUGGCAGUUGGGAGGCAAACGAAGAAAACACGUUAACACGACAAGGCUUGAUCACGAGGCUUGUUGUCGGGCAGUUUCCUCUCGGCCCCGGAGGCUGAAUACCGAUACUGCCCUACAUAGAAAGAUAGAUAGAGACUAAUCGUACAUAGCCAAUCUACCUGAUAGAGGUGCUGCUAGGCAGCAACCGACACCAACACUACAGGAC